CCUUCAGCUAAGUGGAGAAAAACUGCACUGAGGUGUAUCUCCAUGGAGAAAUUCACUGACAAGCUGAACAAGGACCUUGGAUCCACAGCUCCUGGAGCACCACAGGCUGAAAAGCAGAGUCCUGCACCUGCUGUGGAAUGUGCUGCAGGAAUGAGCAGAGCAGGACCCCAAACAGAGGAUGUGAAGAGCCUGGGAUUCACCAAAGAAUGUGUUAAAGAACUGGAGAGACCUUCAGGCAUGGAGCAAGCCAGUCCUGCUGCCUCUGAACCAGCAGUUUUGGAAGGAGACUGUCCCAGCGCAGCGUCUCUUGUGCUAACAAACAGGAACUGUCCUGAAGGACACGGUUUGAACCACCAGUGUUCAACCACAUCUAUUGACCUGGACUGCCUGGUUUGCUUCAACAAGUACAACAUGUACAGAGUGCCCAAGCUCCUGGACUGCCAGCAUGCCUUCUGCGCGGUGUGCCUCAAGCUCAUCCUCAGGAAAGACGGGAAUGCCUGGAUGAUCACCUGCCCCCUGUGCCGAAAAGCCACUUGUGUGUCAGGAGGACUCAUCCGCACGCUUCAGAACAAAGAAGACAUCAUGGAGCACUUGGAAACACCCAGUUCACAUCCUGAGGUGCAUGUCUCUGCCAUAGGACUAGCCAGCAACAGCUGGACUCAGACCAGCCAAGACUUGCUCUACAGAGAUGAAAGCGUUCCAGCAGACAACAGGCUGGCUGUGCAUAGACUUGUGCUGCUCCUGCUGCUGGGGGUGAUCCUCACCAUCCUCAUCCUCCCCUUUAUAUACUCUGGGCUGAUAAAAUGGGUGGUUUGUCUCAUGCUUGCUUUGGGGGUGGUCAUCUCUGUGGUGCUUUGCUGCACUCCUAAAUUCUACUGGAGGUCUAACAGGGACUUGCUCACCUCCUGCCACAAAGAGACCCACAUCACUGCUAUAGCCUGAACCAACAAUGGACUGGUCCUGCCUGCAAAGCUGUCUCAUCAGUUUGCUUUUGUCACUUUGUUCUUGUGUCAUCUCCUGAUUAGCACUGCAGAACACUAUCUGAAUCUGAGAGAUUAUGUCCUGUGAAAAUCCCAUGGCUGUAUUUUUCCCACUCUUACACCUUUUCUUGGGAGAGUGUGGGGGAGAAGGACUGCUACCUCAGGGAGUGGGUGCCCAGCCUCAGGGGAUGAGAGAGGCUUUAACACACAUUACCACUUGAACCCCCAUCACUGCCCAAGUGCUUGUGGCACAGGGACUGGGAAAAGGGGAUGUCAGUUGCUACCAUUUUAAGUUGCACACUGCAUUGGAGAGGAAGAGGCACAAUCAACACUCCUACUUGUGAGUCUGCAGCUUGCCAAGGGCAAGGGCUCUCAAAGCUCAGGACCAUCCAAAUUCCCCAUUUAUCCAGCACAGAAACAGUUCCUCUCACCUAACUCCUUCAUCUGGCUACCUGCAUUGCCUCUCUUCUUUACACCAAGUAGGACACUGCCCCUGGAGAGGCUCCCCCAGAUCAACUGCUAUGAGAUACUACACACAAUAUUUUUAUAUGGAAUAUGUCCAUUAAAAGUUUAAAAGUAUUCAUUAACUGCACAUUGA